UAUGUAUCUCCAAAGGGAGCUUCUCCCAAGCAAGGCACAGUUUUUUGCUAUGGAUGUGGCAUGCAAAUACUGGCCAUACCUACAAAAAGUUGCUUCGGUCAUUCCAGCUCUCAAGAGCCUCACAGAAAUGAAGCCCUUCCUGAGCAUCAUGCAUGCAAGAGCUCAUGCUACCAAGUGUGAGAUAAAAUGGAGUGGUCGGAAUCAGAAGGGAGCAGGCACAACUGCCGGUGAGGAGGUGGAGCAAAUAAACAGCUACCUCUCCCGUUGUGCCCUGACAACAAAGUACAUGUCAAAAGCAGCACGUGUGGACAUGCUCACUGUGCAUGCAAUGGGUUGGAACCAUCACAAAGCAGAGACGCUACACAAGGCCCUCUCCACAAGAUAUGUGAAGACAUCUAAAAGGGCAGAAGAAGAGGCAGAGAGGCUGUCACAACUGCAGAAGGACCUGCAGUGCUCAAAUGCAAUGGCUGUACAGUGGAUUGCUGAAGUCAAGGAAUGGGCAGAGAGCGAGACCCCAGUAACGGGUCUGCACGUUCUCCAGCAGUCCAUUGAGGGUCUCCAUCUGGGUCUAAAGCAACAGAAACAAACCCUCUACCGUCAGAAUGACAGCAACAAGCUUCGCCAUCGUCUCCGAAGAAAGUUGACGGAAGACAAAAAGCGCCUUCUCCAGGAGAUUGAUAAAUACAACAGUCUUGUUGCAGACCUCUCCAAAAGGAUUGAUGUGGCCUUGGUUGACCACUCUUUGGCUGGACAGAGCACUGGCGCAAUAUGGCCAUGGGAGGACUAUGGCAGUGGUAUGCAUUUUUCAAUGCUUUUAAAAUGUCAUGCAGUAUAUCGGAAUAGUGAACUAUCCUGA